AGUUGUCACACGAAAAACAACGCAAAAAUCAAAAAACGGGCGUUUCAGAGCUUCCUGUAGACGAUGGAAGUACCAAAUUUUGCAUCAGCAGCCGAGGAAGUGGCCUUUUGGAAGAAACGAGCGACACUUUUGCUCGCUGAAAAGAAUGACAUCCAAAAAGAAUUCGAUGACUUCAUGGAAGGAUCGCAGCAACUGGAGGCGGAACUCGAAACGACAAUCCAACAGAACGAAAAACAGCUGUCGCGUCUCAAUCAGAACGUGGAACAACUGAAACUCGAAAAUGAGUCGCUGAAGAAAAAAUUGCAGACGUGCCUCAAUGAUCUCAGUGAAAAGGACGACGAAGUGGGUGCGCUGCAAACGGAGCACACCAAGCUAAAAAAAUACGUGACGCAGCUCGAACAGAAAAAUGACGACCUUGAAAGGACAAAUCGCGUCGUGGCGGAAUCCGUGAACAGUUUUGAGCUGAUGCUGAAUCAGGCGUACGAGAAAAAUGCGCUGCUCGAGUCGGAGGUGGAUGAAAAGGAAAAGUUGCAGAUUAAAUUGCAGCGAUUGAUGGACGAGGCGCGCGAUUUGAAGCAAGAACUGAAGGUGCGCGAGCAAAAAGGCGGCGGAACGAGCGAUAACGAUGGCAAUGAAGACGAUGGCACGACAUCGCGUGUCAUGAAUGGCAGUGCGACGCAUCACGAAACGACGACGGCGGCAGAUUUGGGGUUUGGAAAGUCCAUUUCGACUGCGACAACAGCCACAUCGCCAUCCUCCGACCCCAACAAAAACAUUUGCGGCAGCCCGACAAGCAACGGAAAUGCAAUUGCCUCUAGUACAAGAGUGACUGCGAUCAGUAUUAUUUAUGACCUGCUCCGACGCAUCGAUCGGAUAGAGUCCAAACUGGCGGAUUGGAAGAAAAUUAGCGCGGCAGCGACACGCACUUCGGGUGCCUUGGAUACCUCCGCGUCGACGACGGAACUGUAUCAUGCGUCAUCGCCCAACAAAUAUCAAUAUGGAUCAAACAAUUAAAAAACCCACACUCACCUAUACUCACUACUGUAAAAUUGUUACAAAAACAAAAAAACACUUAGACAAAACUUUUUUCAUGACAAAAAGUCGCAAAAGCAAGCCAGCAAAGUGCACAGUAGUCGAAUUUCUGUUCGCUUCAAAUGUUGUCGAAUAAUUUAUUUUUUAUCUCGAGAAUAGUCAGAGUCCUGUCUUCACUGUACAUAACACUAAUUCAUUGUCGAUAACUGUUAGAAAUUUAAAUUAAACCCAAAAAAAAAGCAAGAAUAUUAGCUGGAAGAACGGUCGAUCCAAAACAUUCGCUACUAAUAUUUCAAGGAUAUUUUUUAAGGAAGAAAAAUUGUAAUUUUACUAAUUUUUUUUGUGAAUCUUUAUUCUAAGACUUAGACGCAUAUAGAAAUAUAUAUAUUUUGCCUCAA